AAAAGAAAAAUAAAAGCUGAGCGAAGACAACAUGAAGCUACUACAUUGGAUGCGAACUAUUAAGUCGAAUGGCUUAGACCCAUCAAAGGAGUUCAAAGGUGAUUUCUGUUGUCUAAGAGCUCAGGUUUUUGAAGUCCAAGACAUCCGCACAAACUCCUUUUCCUUCUACGGACACACUCAUGAUCCGAAUCCACCCAAAGUUGAACAAGAUCUUCGGUUUGAUGAUGACGGUUUUUGCGGAUUUCUGGCGAUCGGGACGCUUGGUACAGACCCUGAGACACCAAAGUUCUCAGCUAUGGUUUCAGAAGAAGAUGUAACCGGAGAAAGAAAGGAAAUGGCCAAGCUCAUUACUGAGAAACUAGACAAGUUUCUUAAGGAACAUCCUGAGGAUACUAGCAGUAAGCGGGUAGAAAGAUCGAAUGCAAAAGAAGAUAGAAAUUCCCAUGCAUGUCCUCUACAAGAUUAUGAUCUCUUUCGAUCAUCCAUUGAGCUUACGAAGACAAGCAAUGGAAGAGUAAAUAAGAAAAAGAGUUUACUUACUAGUCUCUUCAAGAGGAGACAAACAGUACAAGGAGAGCCUAACAUAGAGAAACAUGGCACAAGAGAUGCGAUUAAAAGGGUAUUUAAAAAGCUUCAUGGAGCUUCUUCAAAGACAAGAAAUGAUGAUGAAGAUGAUUCUAUGCCCAAAGAGAAGAAAGAUCUUAAAAAGAGUGUUCAAACCUGCCGACGUAAAGUCCACCCUGUUCUCUAUGCACCUGCAACUGCAAGAGACGAUAACGAGAUAGAUGAAAGAAGAAAAGUUGAUCUCAAGGUCCCUAAUCUUACUGGAGGGUUUCUCGGUGCAAGUUCCAUCUCCGAAGCGAACAGGAAUCGCGAAAACUGGAUUAAGACCGACACCGAGUAUCUUGUUCUGGAGCUGUGAAGAUAAUACUCACUGCAACAAACCUCCGUUGAUGUUCCAAGCAAAGCUCUCUCCUAUCAAAUCGAUAUAUAAUAUACAAAAAAUCAGAAU